CCGCGCCCUGCGCAGUAGAAGAACCAACCGCAGCAUGGACCCACCGCGCAAGGGUAUCUACCUCUACACGCCCGAGCCCGUGCACAAGCCCGCGAUGCUCGGCAGCGCUGCCUCGUCCACGAGCUCGCAGGAGCGCCGACCCGCGCACUUCGAGUCGACGAACGCGCGAACCAACUUUCGAUCGACGCCGCAAGACCAUACUGCGGGGCCGCACACGCCGCCCGUCGGCAUCUACGCGCUGCAAGACGACCCGAUUCUCGAAGGCCAGGCCGCGGCGCCCCACGGCAACUACGACUCGCGCGAGACCGCCACGUUUUUCAACUCGAUGGCGGUCGUCAUUGGCGCCGGCCUUGGCAUUGGUCUCGGCCUGCUUUUGAGCAAAUUUGAUGUCCCGAAAGACCUCGCGCUCUGGCUCGAGCUGCCCGGCAACCUCUUCGUGCGCGCUCUCCGGUGUCUCAUCGUGCCCAUGGUGUUCUGCACCAUGACGGUCUCGAUCGCCGAGAUCGUCGUUUUGAACAAGACGUCGAUUUUAACGUGGCGCACGGCCGCGGUCCUCUUCUCGACGUCGAUUCUGUCGACGAUGCAAGGCAUGGUCGUCGCACUGGUGUACAAUAGUGUCUUUAACGCCAACUGGCCCGUCACCAACGGCAACGGCACGUCGACCAACGGUAUCGUGCUCGGCCUCCGCUGUGCCAACGGACAGUUUCUCGAGACGCUUGCCGACGGCAGCCUCGCGUGUCUGAGUGCUGCUGCCAACGCCACCGCGCUCUUCACCGUCAAGGACGUCAACAACGUGUUGAGCACCAACUCGGCCUUCCAGGAUCUCUCGCUGACGCAGCAGGUGAUUGCCAUCAUCAACCUCGCCGUGCCCGACAACAUUUUCGCAUCGCUCGCCGACGGGUCGCUCUUGAGCGUGCUUAUGUUUGCCUUGCCGCUCGGUGUCGCCGUCGCCAAGUCCCACAGCGAGGCGCUCGGGGCCGGCAACAACUACCUCCUCAACAUUCUGCGCCAGAGCCGCAACACACUCCUCCUCAUGAUCAACGCCGUGCUCAAGCUCACGCCGUUCGCGGUCUUCUUCCUCUUGACAAGCUCGAUCGUCUCGUACAGCAGCAACACGAGCAACGACAUCGUCUCCCAAGGCGGGUACCUCAUCCUCUUCUUCGUCAGCGGCGUCAUGUGCCACGUCCUGAUCGUCAUGCCGUUGGUUCUCUUUCUGUUCACGCGCCGGAACCCGUACAACUACCUUCGGCAACUCGUACCUGCCUACGUCUUCGCGUUUGGCUGCUCGUCCUCGAUGGCGACGCUCCCGGUCGCGGUCACCGUCGUGCACCAGACGCGCCAAGUCUCGCGCCAGCUCGCACAGCUCAUGAUGUGUCUCGGCACGCCCGUGAACCUCAACGCGCCGGGCUUGUACUACCCGCUCAUGACGGUCUUCAUGGCCAACGUCGCGGGCGUCGGGAGCCAGCUCCGCGGCCCGGAGCUCGUCGUCCUCUUCUUCGUGUCGCUCCUCGGGUGCAUGGGCACCGCGCCGGUCCCGAACUCGGCGCUGGUGAUGCUCAUGACGGUGUGGAAGACGGUCAUGCCCAACGUCGCGCUCCCCGGCGCGUUCGUCUACGUGGUCGCGAUCGACUUUCUCUUGGACCGCAUCUGCACGUCGACCAAUGUCAACGGCAACAUGAUCGUGACGCGCAUCCUCGCCGACUACUUUGACGACUCGUGGGGCAGCGAGACGGGCCCUGCGGAAGCCUAGUUCGUCGGCGUGUGUACUAUAGUGUCGUGUGCAAUGUACUGUAUUUUCUUUGUUGU